AUGACUUCCUCCUGUGACUUCAUAGAACUAACCAGAUGGAUGACACUUCUCCCUCCCAACUUAACUUCAAGGCCCAUUUGUGAAUUGAAGAUCCCGGGAUCACAUGAUUCCGGUGCUGAUAGAGGCUUAAACUGCAAAUUGCCAGUUGCAAACGAUGAAAAAGGCAUCGUAGCUCUGGCCGGAAAGAUUCCUCGUAUCCGGAAAGGAAUUCGAAGAUGGGCUAUCACUCAAAGAUUAGGCAUAGAAGAUCAAUUGACGUGUGGUGUUCGCUACUUUGAUUUCCGGGUCUCUCACCCACCUGAAAAUUUGAGGAGAAAGCUAGAUGAUUUCAUAUUAGUCCAUGCUCUUUAUGGACACACCUUAGUAGAAGCUUUAAAGAAGAUUCGGAGUUUCCUUGACGUCAAUCCGUUAGAGAUUAUCAUAAUUGAUAUAAAUCAUGCUUAUGGACUGGACGAGACGGCAGAACUUUCAAUGAGAUCUAAAAUCUGUGAAAUACUAGGAAAAGAAUCAAUGUGUCCGCAGAUGUUGCCAUCGCUAUGUACUUUAGAUUAUAUGCAUACUAAGAAAUACCAAAUAAUUACUUUGAUGCCUCAAUCAGACAAUACUAAUUGUAGUUUUUGGUCCCAAAACUUCAUCCGGUCACCGUGGAUCAACACAAACAACCGUUUUUCGUUGUUUACAAACCUUCAGAAAAACUUGGAGUAUGAUCGUCCACAACACCCACGAAUACUAUAUGUUACACAAUGUGUUUUGACUGCUCACCUCUCAGAUGUGAUUCUAAAUUGGAAAUCGUCAUUAGAAAGAGAGUUAUCUGAAGAAACGACAGUACAUGCUAUCAAAUGGAUGAACAGUCUAUCUGACUGUCUGAAAACUAAUUUGAAUAUCGUCAUGAGUGAUGUUGUUUGUGAGGCAUUUGUAAAAUCUGUUAUACAACUAAACUAUGUUUAA